CCGACGCAGACGUACGAACGGACGGACGGUUAAUUCCGAUGAUCGCUCCGACGGUGGGGAGAACGCUGGUGAUUACGGCGGUGAUUUGCCUCUCUGCAAUUCUAGCGCUGUUCUUCUUCUCGCCUUCUUUUCCAUCUUCUGAUGCGUCGGUCAGUUCUUCACUGUCAGGGAGAGCGGAGAUAUGGAGUGUACGGAGAAUUGUGGAAUGGAGACCUUGCGAUUGGUGGAUGAAAGGCCGACCUGCUGCUCUACCAGAAAAGAGCAAUGGCUAUCUUCGAAUCGAUUGUUAUGGCGGGCUCAAUCAGAUGAGGAGGGAUUUCUGUGAUGGUGUCGGCAUUGGUCGCUUGUUGAAUGCUACUCUUGUGUUACCAAAAUCCGAAGUGGCCGCGUAUUGGAAUGAAUCGAAUGGAUUUGGCGACAUAUUCGACGUCAAUUACUUCAUCGAACAAAUGAAAAGCUUCAUCCACGUCGUGAAAGAGCUGCCUUUGGAGCUUUCUUCGAAAGAGCCUUUUAGAGUUAAUUGUAGCAAGCGAAAAGGCUCAUUCGAUUACAUAGAAUCCGUGCUCCCGUCGCUCCUGCUGCAUCGAUACAUCUCAAUCGCUCCCGCAAUGAGCCAAAGAAGGGAUCGGUAUCCGCAAUACGCGAAAUCCGCACUCUGCCAAGCUUGCUAUACGGCUCUGCGCUUAACCGAACCUCUCAAGAAGAAAGGUUCCGAGCUGCUUCGUGCUAUACCGAAACCUUUCCUCUCACUCCACCUCAGAUUCGAACCCGACAUGGUCGCCUACAGCCAGUGCCAAUACUUGGGACUAUCUCCCGCGUCCGCUCGGGCGAUAGACGCGGCGAGAGGAGACAGGAAACCGUGGAUGGGUGAGCAGGCCCGUACAUGGCGACGCCGCGGGAAGUGCCCGCUCACCCCGAACGAAACUGCGCUCGUGCUUCAGUCCCUGUCGAUACCCACAAACACGACGAUAUAUUUGGCGGCCGGCGACGAUCUGAUGGAGCUCGGAGGCCUCACGGCGGUGUACCACCGCGUCUUCACCAUGUCUGCCCUGAUGCGGCGCAGCGACUACGCGUCGAUGCGUGGCAACACCAAGGCUGCGCUGGACUACUACGUGUCGGUCCACAGCGACGCCUACAUGGCGACGUAUUUCGGGAACAUGGAUAAGAUGGUGGCGGCAAUGCGGGCUCUGAGGGGCGCACAUCAAACGCUGUUCUUGAGCCGGAGGGACUUUGCCGUGCUGGCGCUGCAAGGGCUGUCAAGGAAGUCGUUGAUGGAUGCGCUGUGGAAGGCGCACCGGGAUCGGUUUGCGACGGGGUUUGGAUCGGCGUUGCCGGAGUGCUUCUGUGAAUUCAAGCUAUGAGGUUUUGUACGGGCUUUUUUACUCUUCAUUCAACAUUUAUCAUCAGAAAAUUUAUCAGAUAGCGGAGUUGCUUGAAAAGUCUCGGCUUUUUAGUGUUUGAGCUCGCCGCCUCGUUAAUUGAAAUAACGAGGUGGGCUAAGAGAAGUAUUCAACAAAAUAUGAAGCUGGUGUUUACGUGUUACGUGCAUAUUUUUGUAAGUUUUGACGACAAUGAGUUUUUUUUUUAAUACCUUUUCUUUAAACAAAGU